AAACAAGUCCGCCAACACACUUCACAGAACUCUUUCCCAUAAUCACUUCGAAUAAUGGCUCCAAAAUCACUUUUCCUGGUGUCACUCAUUGUUGGGGUGCUUGUGGUGGGUGCCCCAAUGGCUCAGGCACAGCUAGGAGGACUAGGAGGACUCAUUGGCUCCCUCCUCGGCCUGAUUCGGAUCAAUGGGAUCGUGCCAUGCCUUCUCAGUAGCACCACUUCACUCAUUAAUGGCACAAUUCCGGUUUUCCCUAAUGCAGUGGUGCAACUUAAGUGCGGAGGCAAUGUGGUGUCCUCUGCAACCACAAAUCAGAAUGGUGUGUUCUCAAUUCUGUUGGACCCUCUCCAGUUCAUCCUCUCCACAGUACUCAACACUUGCCAAUUAGUGGUCCCAACCCCUCUCUCGAGCUGCAAUUCGAGCUUGCCCAUCGCCGGGGUCCUCCAGUCAGCAUUGCAGUUCGUCGGGAACACAGUCCAGGGACUCCUCAGUAUUGCCAACAUCGUUCCUACCGGAUUCAAUCUCAUCGGCUGAGCCGUUUAGGCAUGCAAAUCGGACCCCGACCCGGGCUAAGUUCGGAUGACUAUAACAAUAAAUGAUACCAUAUGUAAAGCAAAUAAGGUCAUGUUUAUUAAUGUGG